AUGCAUUCCUACUAUAAUUCAUUUCUGAAACUUAAGAAAGUGCUCAUGGAAACUUCAGAAACGGAGCAAAAAUUGGAGCUCGCAGUCAUUGAAAAUUCCUUGGAGAAGAUGUCAAUUAUCCGUUCUCACCAUUUAGAAGAAGCAGCCGUUGCAGGACCUCCUCAUGAAGCUUUGUUUGUUGUCUUAACUUAUCUUACUUUAUACGAGCUUCUCAUCAUGAGUGAAGUCUGCAAGUCACUGAGACACGCAAUAGAGAACGACGUCCUUCAAUGGCUCGUCGUGCAGAGGCCUCUGAAUUGGCGACUUUCUGAUGAGAUUUUGGUGAAACUUUCUUUGAAAAUGAAGGGAAAGCUCACAGCUUUGGGCUUGAUCAACUGUAUGAAGAUCACUGAUUCCGCUCUCCUUCAUGUCGUCCAAAAUAACCCUCUUAUCAACACGCUUCACAUUCCAGGAUGCAUUGGCUUAACCCCUGAAGGAAUCAUAAAAGCUGUGGAAAUUUUUUCCAAGCAAAACCACACCCUAAAAAGCUUACAAGUAACUGGAAUUUACAGCAUCAAAAAAGAACACCUUGAGAUACUUCACUCACAUCUCAAACUGAGGCCAUCAGACCCCAAGAAUCAGAAUCAGCCCCUGCUGUAUCACGAAUACAGAAAUCCUUCGUCAUUGCCUUUGCCUGCGAGCUGCCGGAGAAUAGAUGUUGAAAUGUGUCCAAGGUGCAACCAAGUGAGGGUUGUUUUUGAGUGUUCAAAGAUGCUGUGUAAUAGAAAGGACAAGAGCAAAUGGUUCAGGGAAUGCAGGGGCUGCUGUGUUUGCAUUCCAAGGUGUGGUCAGUGUGGUGCAUGUAUGGAUUAUGACGAGCAAGAAGAGGCUGCUUGUAUGGAUAUAUUGUGCUCAGUCUGUUGGCUUCAUCUUCCAAAAUGUGAUUUCUGUAACAAGCCUUAUUGUAAAAAGCAUGCCUAUCUGCGGACUGUUUCUCCUGGCUCCAGUGGCUUUCUUUGUGAUGUAUGCCAGGAUGAGAGCCAGGAUUUCUAUGUCAUUGACUAAUUUAAAUGGGGUAAUACUGGACAUACAAACUUCUUCAUAAA